GAACGUAAAGGGACAGCAAAAGUCGAUUUCCUGAAGAAAAUUGAAAAAGAGAUCCAGCAAAAGUGGGAUGAUGAGCGAGUUUUUGAGAUUGAUGCUUCGGAUAGGCAGAACCAAAAGAGCAAAGGAAAGUACUUUGUUACAUUUCCUUAUCCCUACAUGAACGGCCGCCUUCACCUGGGACACACGUUUUCUUUAUCUAAAUGUGAGUUCGCAGUUGGGUAUCAGAGGCUAAAGGGAAAGAACUGCUUGUUUCCAUUUGGUCUACACUGCACUGGGAUGCCUAUAAAGGCUUGUGCAGAUAAGCUAAAAAGAGAAAUGGAGUUAUAUGGCUGCCCACCUGAAUUUCCUGAUGAGGAGGAGGAAGAGGAAGAAAAUUCUGCUAAAAAAGAAGAAGAAAUUAUCAUCAAAGACAAAGCAAAAGGCAAAAAGAGUAAGGCUGCUGCCAAGACUGGCUCUUCCAAAUACCAGUGGGGAAUCAUGAAGUCUUUGGGUCUUUCUGAUGAAGAAGUAGUCAGUUUUUCUGAAGCUGAGCAUUGGCUGGAUUAUUUCCCUCCCCUUGCUGUCCAGGAUCUGAAAAGCAUGGGAUUGAAGGUGGAUUGGAGGCGUUCUUUUAUUACUACAGAUGUUAAUCCUUAUUAUGAUUCCUUUGUGCGAUGGCAAUUUCGUACAUUAAAGGAAAGAAAUAAGAUUAAGUUUGGGAAACGGUAUACAAUUUAUUCUCCAAAAGAUGGACAGCCCUGCAUGGAUCAUGACAGGCAAACAGGAGAGGGUGUUGGGCCUCAAGAAUAUACGCUAAUAAAAAUGAAGGUGUUAGAUCCUUAUCCCGCAAAAUUAAGUGGCCUAAGAGGAAAAAGUAUCUUCCUGGUGGCUGCUACGCUUAGACCAGAGACCAUGUUUGGACAGACUAACUGCUGGGUUCGCCCAGAUAUGAAGUACAUCGGCUUUGAAACUGUGAAUGGGGAUAUUUUUAUCUGUACCCAAAGAGCUGCCAGGAACAUGUCCUACCAGGGCUUUACAAAAGAUAAUGGAGUCGUACCUGUUGUCAAGGAGCUGAUGGGAGAAGAGAUUCUUGGCGCUGCACUUUCUGCACCUCUUACCACCUACAAAGUUAUAUAUGCUCUUCCCAUGCUCACAAUCAAGGAAGAUAAAGGAACUGGAGUGGUUACAAGUGUUCCCUCUGAUUCUCCAGAUGACAUUGCAGCCCUGAGAGAUUUGAAAAAAAAACAGGCUUUGAGGGUGAAGUACGGCAUCAAAGAUGAAAUGGUCCUGCCGUUUGAACCAGUGCCCAUCAUUGAAAUCCCAGGCUAUGGCAACCUUUGUGCUCCAUCAGUCUGUGAUGAGCUCAAAAUUCAGAGCCAGAAUGACAGAGAGAAACUUGCUGAGGCCAAGGAGAGAGUGUACCUGAAAGGGUUUUAUGAGGGA